AUGCCCCUCACACUCGCCGCUUGCUCAAGCGAAAGGGGAGAGAAAAAGACAAGCUUCCGCGAAGUGGUGGGGGCAGCGAGUGUUGAGCUGCGGAGGCGAACAGUGUGCGAGGAACGCUUGCGAGGUUGCCAUCGGUUGUUAAUUCUCCCUCAAUUCUCAUUUUUUUAUGUAAAAUUUUACGUUAUUUCUCCUCUCCUCAUUGUUGGUGUUAUUGUUGUUGUAUAUCCCGUCACCUCCGUAUUCUACAGGUAUUUGGCGGUUGAAAAUUGUCACGUUAAAAGCAUUUUUCAAUGGUUCGAGGCUGAGAAAAAACUCGUUAACUAUUCUGGUGAACGAACGCGAGGGAAAACGACGGUAUUUCAUGAUGAUUGUGUGUUGAAUCAUCGAGUGAAGGAACUUGACUGCAUCCAUAUUCUACACGUACAGAGGACGUCCUCUUGCUUUACCACCUUCUUUGUACACGUACCCCCAUCCCCCCGCACAUUGUUGUACACUCGUCCCUAUGCCCCUCUGAAAAGUGAAGGAGAGUUUAUCGUGGCUCAACGACGGGGCUCGCGGAGCCGCCUCGGGAUAAUCGUGUGGUGCGCGCUGCGUUCACGCGCUGCGCGUACCGAUCAUCUCCAGCUGGUUGAUUUUAUAAUAAACGACAGUACAUCGUUUUGGGGGGCGAGGGAAUGUUUGUUUCGUGUGGUAGUUAAUAUAGAAAUAUUGGAAAUAUUGUAUUUAGUUGCGGUUGGAAUUAAUAAGUGUGGAAGUGUGGAUACCUUGGACUGUAACCCGCCACCGGCGCUGCCCCCGCGGCGCCCACCCUGGCCGCCAAACAGUGAACUCAGUACAGCGACACUAAGGUGCAUCGGGGUAGCUGCCGGCACGGCUUGUGAUAGUUCAAGUUCAUGUUGUUCCUGUGUCAACACGGAAUCAAUUGGCAAUUGUAGACCGGAUUGGAUUAAUGAGGGAAAGGACAAUCAAGGAGUGAGGUAUCAACUUAACCAAUCGCCAUCUACAUCAAUCGCGCCACCAUUGUAUCCAGCACCACCAAGGCCACCAAGUCGAAGCGGUGGGGAUGAAGUGCGUGCGCGCGGGAUUAACGGGCGUGAGACAAAUGGACGCCCCCGCGUUCCCCAAUCACCGGCUGCCGGUUGCUCAGUGCGUGCAGGUUCAUCAUCAACCCCAUCACCAUCAGCAUCCGAAAAAAAAUCGUGGAAUGAACGUAUCCCCGUAUCACCUCUGUCAUCACCUAGAAAUCCCCCGUCAUCGCAUUCGAUUACUGGUACCAACGAGACUGGUUUCACAUCACCAGAUAACCAACAGCCACGAAAUCGCGAGGCUGUGUCGAGCCCAAGAUGGCCGGAGCGUUUAGACCUCCGCGGAGGAAUACCACUGAUGUCAACAAAUGGACAAAAUACGCCGUCACGGCCGGCCUCGUCGGCCUCAAGCGGCUCAUCUACUAGUAACUUGCCGCGCGUCCACGGCCAUGAUCACUCACGACCAUUGCCACCACCAAGACUGGAGCAAAUGCCAGUAAUUUCGACCAUAGCGGUACCACUGACAUCACCCCUGCCUCCAUUAUCAACAUCGAGCAGUUUUAGAUCACGUUUGCCACUGACAAAUGUCCUGAGCGAGCCUGUCUCUUCACCACGUGGAGUAGAAAGAACGCAAGUUGGCGAAGUAACCCUCACGGUGCCACGUCCGGACGGUGAGCGAGCCGUCAAUGAGUACGUGGAAACGCCAUUUAGGCAACACCAGACAGUGAAUACCAUUCAAAAAUGCCUGAAGAACGAACGAAGGCACCACCAUCAUCAUCAUCAUCACCACCACCACCAUCAUCAUCAUCAUAAUAAGAAUGACUCACGUUUCCAUCCUAGAAGGCAUCAGCAAACACUUCUACAGUCCUCACCUAGUACACCUGUUACCAAACAGCCUGUGUCAUUCACCAAGGAGCCAGCCAACACCACUGGCACUGGCAGUAUUGCUCCUCGGCCCAACGAUCCUAGUGUAUCUAUAAUGUGCGAUCACUGUGGUAAAUGCAGGUGCGAAUCCUGCAGAGAACCACCGCCACUUCCCAGCCGCUGGCUGUGUGACAACACCUGUUUUUGCUCCGCCGAGACUGCUCUCGAUUACGCUUCAUGUCUGUGCUGUGUUAAGGGGCUCUUCUAUCACUGCGGUGAUACUGGCAGUGGUGGUGACUCUGAGGCAGGCGGUAGCUGCGCCGACGAGCCCUGUUCCUGCUCUGGCUCGAGAAAGGGCGCUAGAUGGGCAUGUCUGGCUGCAUUAACCAUGGUAUUACCCUGCCUUUUGUGCUACUGGCCACUCAAAGGGUGCGUCACUGUUUGUGAAGCGUGCUACGCUAGGCAUACUGCCCAGGGGUGCAGGUGUGAUCCCAAUGCCAGGCAUAAUGACAACGAUAUUGUUGUAACAAGGGACUCCAGGGAUCCGGAGAAGAGACUGCUCGAUCCUGUUACGCCAGAAUUGUGAGAUUUUUACCAUUUUGUUUUAAGAACGCAAAUAUGUGAGGAUUAUUCGUUUUAAAAGGAAAGUACCAAAGUGAGGAUUUAAUAGGAGUGGUUUUUUAUGUUUUGUGUCGUUCGAAAGAAACGAUUUGGGAGCUACAAGUGCGCAAUUAGUACAAGAGUUGCAUUUAAGGGGCGAUUUCAGAGGAACUGUUUAUUUUUCAAUGCCCAAGUGUCUAAUUCCCCCCCCCCCUUUUUUUUGUAUUUAUUAUAUCUUUUUAAAGUGACUGCGAACCGAAGGAUUUGUGUGACGGUGGUUGUUUCUUUUAUUUUCACGUUGAAAACCUCCUCCUCCAGGGAGAAUUUUGCGAUUCCCUGGGCAUUGAGGGAGUGUGGAAAAAGGAUCAUUUGACGCGUCACACGUAUGCAGAAAAUUAACAAAAAACAGAGACAUUUACACGACACUUACCGCAUAGAUAGCAGUAUAUACUAUAAAUAUAUAAAUAACUAUAUGCAAGGAUUAAUAAAACACGAAAAAUAAGAAAUUACAUAUAUAUUGUAUAUUACAUUUGUAUAAAGAAAACAUGAAAGAACAAAAACUUUUCUACAGUUUAAUUUAUUCGUGGGCGUCGUCGAUUUGAUGUGAGACCGCAGUAGGCUCCAGAUAGAGAAAUAUAUCGGUGGUAUUUUUGGUUUUUCAUUGAAAGAAAACCAAGUUUUGUAAAAUCACUGACAUUCGGUAGUAACCAUUAAAAAUGUGAAGUUGAAUUUCUAGUUUUAUUUUCGAUGAUUGUCGGAAAUUUUUGUAAAAAGGAGAGUUAAAUUUCCAGUGGGGAUGGAAAUAUUUCAAGCGAUUGUAGACGAGCGGGCAGAAUAUUUGACAGUGGUAUAAUGAUGAGAGCGGUAAAAUGAAAAAAGGCGUCGGGUGGGUUUGACUAUUAAUUUUCUUUCCAGUAUUAUCUAGUCUUGUGAACGUUUCGUCGACGUGGGAAACGAGGAUACAGGUUUUUCCCUCAUUCUGAUAAGAAAAAAAAAUGGAUAAAUGAAAAUUGUUAAAAAUGAAGAAAAUGGAACAACCUAGAGAUUCGUCUCCUCUUGCAUGUGGUAUCGCUAUUUCAUUUCAAAAUGACACUUAUUCAUUACAUUUUUUUAAACAGGGGAAAGCCUGUGUGUAUGUGUGCAAAAUAAUGGAAAAAAGGUUACAGGAAAAAAAAGAUAAAUCGAAGCACAAUGUUUGUGCUUUCAAUUAGCAUGCUGUUACUUUCAAUUUGAGGCCGUAUUUAUGAUUCAAAAUUAAUUUAAUAAAUUAUUUCACAACUAAUGGAAAAAGUUGAAAAUUAACGACAUAAAAAAAUGAAAUUGGUUCUGAAGGGACUCAAGUCUGAAGUGAAUGUGACUAAAAUGUGAAGCUGAGAUUUGCGAAUGUUCCGCUUUGCUUGGGCUUCACGAGAAGAGCCAGAUAAUUUAAACAAUCCGCAUAUACACACAAGCAAUAUAGGGCUUUACAAAGUUGUUGACAUGGAACUGCAAGAAUGAAUGAUAUUUUCCAUUACUUCGAUGUUACUCCUCGUCUUUCAGCUUGCAGUUUCAUAUAAAAAUGAAGAACGUACCACAGACAAAAUGUUAAAACUGUACUCUGUAUGCAGACACGUUGAUGUAUAAAGUAAUGAUAAAAAACCGAUGUUUAAAAUGAAAAACAAUACAAAAAUUAAGGUAGAUAGAUGUGAGUGAGUGAAUGAGCGAUUGUGAACGAUAAUCCCAAGUUAUUCAUAUUCUCAACAAUGACUUUAUUUUAUACAACGGAAAAUGUUCCAUUCAUCCGCUGAAUGGAAUGAUUGCCAUUGAUGAAAUCAUUAACAGCUGAGAAUACAUUUAAAGAAUUACAUUUAAAAAAAUAAAAACGAAACUCGCCGAAUGAAAGAACCCAAAUCUCCCCUUCAAGUUUAAAUUUAAGCCUAUACGCUCUGUAUAUGUCUUGUAAAUAUACAUUUGAAAAAAAUGAUACAAAAAAUGUCUCGUCAUUCG